UGCAUCGAGACAAAGCAUACUCCACUUGGUAUCAACCAUGAGAUUCAGUGUAGUAUUUUUGGCCCUUCUGGCCCUCGCAGCUGGUGUGCCCCAAGUGCCCCAUCCACACGCUGCUGACCAAGGUCUUCUUCAGAAACAACAGGAUGUCAUCUAUCUGUUAGAAAACUUGACUGGCGAAAUCCCCAAUGAUCAUCUCCGCGGAAUUGGACACACCUAUGACAUCGAAGGAAACCUUCAGGCCUAUGAGAACCCCAACUUGGUGAAAUACUUCGCUACCGCUGUUCAUACUGGAAAUGUUCAGCCAAAACGUACUGUAUUCUCCCCAACUGUUGAUGCUCUCCGCCAAGAAGUCAUCCUCUUGACGAGAAUCUUCCUCGGUGCCAAGGACUACACCACCUUCCUCCACACCGCCGCCUGGGCUCGCGUUCACUUGAACGAAGGUCAAUUCGUCAAGGCUUUCAUCAUCGCCGUUCUCCAGCGUCAUGACACGCAAGGCGUCACCAUCCCACCAACCUACGAAAUCCUCCCCCACUACUUCUUCGACGCCCGCGUCAUCCAGGAAGUCCAAAACAUCAAAUCUCACGGAAUUGGACACAAUGCUGGUCAACAAGUCCACUACAUCCCAAUCAACUACACCUCCCACUUGCCAGCUGGACAACACCACGUUGCCCACUUCACUGAAGAUAUUGGUCUCAACAACUACUACGAAUACUUGCAACAUGCUGCCUAUAUGCUACCUGAACUCCUCCACGAACAAAAACAAGGAUCCGGAGUCUUCGGACACCACAGCUAUGAAGGAGACGAUCAAGUUGGAUACGGAGCACGUUGGUACUACCUUCAUCAACAACUCUUGGCUCACUACAACCUCGAACGUCUUGGACAAGGUCUUGGCCCAGUCGAAGAUUUGCACUACCACCAAUUAGACAUCCCACACAAACCCCAUCUCAAGUACAUCAACGGUCUUGAAUUCUCAGGACGCCCAAGUGGCCCAAUCGACGUUACCCACAUCCGCCACCAACUCUACCAAUACGUUCGCACAUUGGAGCAAAGAAUCUUCGAAGCCAUCGACGCCGGACACGUCAUCACCCCACAAGGUGCCUUCCUCUCUCUCUACCAACCACAAGGCUACAACAUUCUUGGUGACCUCAUCCAAGGAACCGGCAGAAGCAUCAACCCACGUUACUACGGCAGCUUCGUCGAAGCAUCCAAGGUCCUUCUCGGAGGAACUCCACAAUACGACAACAUCUGGGAAUACACUCCAUCAUCCUUGGAAAUCUCUUCCACCACUGUUCGCGACCCAGCCUUCUACAAUCUCUUGCAACACAUCAUCCGCAUCUUCAGACACUACCAAGAAUCUCUCCCAGCCUACCAAUACAACGACAUCGUCUUGCCAGGAGUCCAAGUACAGAAGGUCGACUUCAGCCACUUGGUCACAUACUUCCAGGACUACAUUGUCAACCUCAACAACGCCGGAGUUGAAGGUGUCAACGAGAAGGAGCAAAAGGAACACCAAAAGGGAACUUUGGACAUCAAGGGUCUCUUGAAGAGGCUCGACCAUCAACCAUACGAAUACCAAAUCUACGUUCAGAGUCAGAAACCCGUUCCCCAUGCCGUCGUCCGCGUCUACCUUGGACCCAAAUACGACCAUGAAGGAGCACCAGUCGACAUCAACACCCACAGACACCACUUCGUCGAAUUGGACCAAUUCGUCUACGAUCUUGUUGAGGGACAGAACGUCAUCACCAGAAACUCCCACCAAUCUUCCAUCCACAGUACCGAUGUUCCAUCAGUCGAUGAAAUCCUCCACCACGUUGAGAAUGCCGCCCACGCACAAAGCCCACACUACGUCAUCGAACCACAACAAAUCUACGGAUUCCCAGCCAGGCUCGCCAUCCCCAAGGGUACCUACGGAGGUCUCCCACUCCAAAUCCUCGUUGUCGUCUCCGGAGGACACCACCAACACCACUACGGACCAAUCACCCCUGAUUAUGUCAACUCUUACCACAGCCACUCCUACCAACCCGUCAGCGUUGGCGAAUACGAACAAUUCGUUCAACAACCCGCCAAGGCCGGAGAAGGUUACACCAUGGUCGAAGUUGUUCCUGAUGUAGAAGAAUUAGGCACUGGCAUCAACCAAGGCAAAUUCCACUGGACCCAAUUGUACAACAAAUACCACGGUUACUACCAACAACCACAAUGGCACCACCACCACGUUGAACACCAUCAACACCAAUACCAAACCGUCGGCACUGGCUACCACUACGGACAACACGGAGUCCAAGGACAACAACAACAACACCACCAACAACAAGGACAAACCCAUCACGGAGUCGGUCAAACCGGACAAACUGGAUACGAAGGUGGCAAAUACCAAAGCAUCUACCAACCCCAUAUUCACAGCGGAAGCGGUGUUGGACAACAAGGACAAGGUUACACCGGACAACACUACGCCCAAGGUUACGGCUACGGACACGGACACACUUAUGGACAAGGUUACAACUACGGACAAGGUCAAACCUAUACCCACGGUCAAGGACACGGACAUGGACACGGAUUCUACGGCGGUGCAUACCCAACUGGAAUCUGGGGAUACGUCUCAGAAAUUACUGGCCAGGAACCCCAUGACGAGUACCUCCAGAAAUACCAUCACCAACACCACAUCUCUGAAGUGAUCGGAGGUGCAAUCUCUCUUGAUGGAAGGCCCUUGGGCUGGCCAUUCGACAGACAAUUGGGUGUCAGCGUAUGGCACGCACCCAACAUUCACUUGACUGACGUCUUCGUCUACCACCACGAUGUUCCAGUUUCGCAUGUCGUCGAGACCCAUCAUCAUUAAAGUUGUUUAUAGGAAAACAAUUAUUUUUAAUAAUGAAAAUUCAACAACUCUUAACUUUUAAUUGUAAUCUUUGAUUAUUGUAAUUUAGUUACUUCUCUGAUAUGGUAUAAAAUAAAUUGCUAUUAAAUCAA